GAUGGAGCUAUCAGCUCAUUUUUGCGUUUUAGUAAAUCUUGUCCUAGUAGGGCUUCCGUAGAUAUUAGCUCGACCCGCCUACAACUCAAAUGUCUGACAGGAAGAUUAGAGUCUGUUUGGAGGAGUUUGACUGCAGUGUGACCUUUUGAAUCCAGGUAAACUCUAUAAAAGAGAUGCCCUGAACACAGCGUUAGUGGUGCGUUCAGGUCUGCAGAUAUGGCGUUGGUGCGUUCAAAGUUCUCGCUGUUUUGGUUCCUUUUUGUGACAGCUCAUGUGAUUGGAGCCGAAGGGAAACUGAAACUAACUGGGAAUGAUGCGGCCUGUGAGUCCCAGGACAGUGCACUCAGCCUGAGGUCCAUUAAAACCUCAUCCACAGGACCGGAGCCAGGAGACCCUGCUGCUGCGUUCACUGUCCGGACUCUGGAUGGGGAGUUCUCCUUCCAGCCCGGUGCCCAGCAGGGACCUCUCCUCGUCCACGCCUUCAGCAACAAGUCAGGGUUUCUGGAGUGCCUGUGGAGCUCGGAGGCGUCCCUGACCAGUCUGGUGCAGGACCUACCGGAAAGCACCCAGGUCCUGUUUCUGUCCCUGGACGACUCUGCGGUGUCUGAUGCUCUGUGGAUGAGGGAGCAGCUGUACCGGGUCGCUGUGAAAAGUGGUAAGAAGGAGGUCCUGUCCAGGCUGCACAUCUGUCCUCUGCCUGUCUUCACUCUGGGAAACUGGUUACCAAGUGUGCUUUACAGCUGGGGCUGCUCGUCCCGCAGCUGUGUCCUCACCCAGGCUGUUUUCACCUCCGAAGGCUGGAAUUUCCCGAUAAUCAUCAAGAGACUAGACACCAGGUACGACUGGCUCAUGACGAGAUGGGGUCCAAAGUCUCUUCAGCUCGUGGAUGCAGGUGACGGAUGUGAUCCAUCGCCCUCUGUGGCGGGCGCUGUGGCCUGGGUGUCUGAGGGAAACUGCUCCUCCUUCACCAAGGUGGAGAACAUGGCUAAAUCCAACGCCUCCGGUGUCCUUGUCUACGCCUUCCCUGGUAACUCACUCCAGGACAUGAACUGUGACGGAGAUGAAUGCAACACGACGCUCAGCAUCCCUGCUUCCAUGGUGCACUUUGAGCCUUCGGUCGCUCAGACGCUUCAGUCUGGACAGCUGGUGUAUGUGACCUUCCAGAUCACCCCGUCCCCAAGCUACUUCUUCAGUAUCGACCAACAGGGGGUGCUGGCUGAGAUGGGCUGGUUUCUUUACCCCUCGUUCAGCUUCUUCAACUGGCAGGCUCAGUGGUUUGAUUUCUAUGCAGAUCUGCUCACCAAGCUUCGGAGUCCUGCAAAGGUUGUUCCUGUUUUUGACAAAGUCCAGAUGCAGGGGGAGAAAGGAGCCGUGGCUACAGUCGACCUGCCUCCUGGAUUGUUGGACUAUGACCUGCUGGAGCUGGAUGCCUCCCUGUUGUGUCCCGGCAGGAGAGACUCCACCUGCGCUCACUGGGAUCACACAGUCCAGCUGUUUGUGUGCUGCGAUCAAAGCGGUCCGUACUGCAACACGGAGCUGGGCCGAUGGAUCACCGCCUUCAGGAGAGGUACCGGGCACUGGCUGACAGACGUGUCUCCACUGCGCCCCCUGCUGGACAGCAACAAAUGCACCCUCACCAUGAAGACGGUGCCGUGGGCGAUGCCGUGGUUCGUCUCUCUCAACCUGAGAUUCAGUGUCAGCAAUAAGACAGCCACAGGAAAUGUUUCAGCUGACGGUGAAGACGAGAAGCUGUUUCCCUUCAGAGUGAUGCCUCUGUACAGCGGGGGAACCUUCGACAAGAACUACAACAAGAGAUUCAAGCCAAUCAAAUUCUCCGUCCCGACUUCAACCAAAAAGGUUGAGCUGUACGCCGUCAUCACAGCACACGGCAGCGACGAGAACAGCUGCGGGGAGUUCUGUGUCACCUCCCAUCACUUCCUGUUCAACGCUUAUUUCAACAACACGCUCAUAUUUGAUUCAGCAGGAUCACCUCUGGGUUGUGCCAUGCGAGUGAAAGAGGGUGCAGUGCCAAACGAACACGGCACAUGGUUGUACGGGAGAGGAGGCUGGUGUGAUGGGCUGCAGGUGGAUCCCUGGAGGAUCGAUAUCACCAAACAGCUGGACAUAAGUGGGUCUGAAUCCAACACUGUCGUCUACUUCGGCCUCUUUAACGGGACGGAUCCAAAUCCAGCCAAAGACCCCGGAUACAUCAUCAUGUCCUCUUUUCUGGUCUUCUACAAAUGAUGCCUCUCCAAACUUAAAUAUUUCUGUGAAUGACAGACCGUGAUACUGAGAGUACAAUCAAGCCAAAGAUUAAAUGUCUAUUUUCCUACUGC